UUUGUCUUUUACUUUGUACUCUGUUGAUACUGGCUCGUGCGGACCAGUAUUUGCCAUGAAUACUAUGGAAAAUCUGGAAAAACAGCUGAUUUGUCCAAUAUGUCUGGAAAUGUUUACAAAGCCAGUGGUCAUACUGCCCUGUCAACAUAACCUCUGCAGGAAAUGUGCUAACGACGUUUUUCAGGCAGCAAAUCCGUAUCUCCCCACCAGGGCUGGCUCCUUAACAUCUGGGGGCCGCUUCAGGUGCCCUUCCUGCAGACAUGAGGUAGUAUUGGAUCGCCAUGGAGUUUAUGGACUGCAGAGGAACUUACUGGUUGAGAAUAUCAUUGAUAUGUUCAAGCAAGAGUCCAGUAGCACAAAGCCCGAGCCGGUGAAGGACGAGACGCCUAUGUGUGAAGUCCACAAAGAGGAAAAGAUUAACAUUUACUGUGUGACACAUGGUGUGCCAACCUGCUCCAUGUGCAAGGUGUUUGGGGCACACAAAGACUGUGAGGUGGCACCAAUAACCAGCAUUUUCCAGAAUAAAAAGACGGAGCUCAGUGAUGGGAUUGCCAUGAUGGUUGGGACUAACGACCGGAUGCAGGGCAUCAUUAGUCAGCUGGAGGAAGCAUGUCGUGCAAUAGAGGAAAACAGCUGUAGGCAAAAGACCCAACUGUGUGAGAAGUUUGACCACUUAUACUCAAUCUUGGAGGACAAGAAGAGGGAGAUGUGCCAGAAGGUGACAGCAGAGCAAGAGGAGAAAGUGAACUACAUCCGGGGACUCACUCAGAAGUACGGAGACCACCUGGAGGAGAGCUGUAAGGUCGUGGAAACAGGCAUCCAGAUCAUGGAGGAGCAGGGGCAGGCUGUUUUUCUGCAGGCCACAAAGCCUCUCCUCCAAAAGAUUGCAGAGGCUUCGAGUAUAGCGCACUUGGAAAAGGUUGAACGUGGCUAUGAGAACAUGGAUCAUUUUAGCGUUGACUUUAGACGAGAACGCCAGGCCCUAAGAAGCAUUGACUUCAUCCAAGAUGAAAAUGACGAAGACGAGGAUGAGGAGACAGAACUAAGCGAAGCGGAGGUGACACAAGCCGUGCAAAAUCUUUCUCUUAGCACAAGCAAGGGUCCUAGUACACCCCCCAGCACCUGACAAGAGUGCAGCCCUCCCCUCCAAAUAGUCAUGUGUGAAAGGGGGGGUCUAUAGCUCAAACAGAUUUGUGCAAUUUUGGAAAGCGUGAGUAGGUGAUGUAGUUGUUGAAGUACUAAUUCCACUCGUUCUGUUGUGUUAUUGGCUGUUCUCCAUGUUGUUGUUUUUUUCUUUUUUGGGUGGGCAUCGUGUGUGAUGUGAUCCCAAAUGGAUUUAUUUAUGUAGCUGACCUUCUUUCAUCAUUUUUGUUACAACUUUCAGUAGGGCUCCAGGUUGUCCUUCACCUUGUAUUAUUUUUACGACUUCUUUAUUAGUUUGAUAAAUGAGUCAAGUUUGGCUCUUUGACAUUUCAUAAA